CUCCCGCUUCACGCGUUGGUGUUGCUGCGGUCAACAGAUGAGAUACACACCGCAUAGACAGUCGUGGAUGACCGCAGAACACGUUACGACGCUCCGCUAUAUCUGUUCUCACCUGUACCUGUUGACAUUUGCUUCCUCAGAGCUCGUUUGAUAUUGGAUCAUCCAGGCUGAAGAGAGAGAGAGAGAGAGAGAGCAGUAAAGGAGGAGGAGAAGAAGGAGGCCACUCCUUUGAUAAACUGCGGAUUAAAAAGCUCUCUGCAUGCAGCUGUGUAAUAUUUACAUUCAGCAGAUGUGUGUGUUCAUAAAUCACUAGAGCUGUGUGUGUGCGUGGAUGUUCCUGGACAGCUCGCGCUUAUUAUUAUCCUCGUGUCGGAUCUUCAGAGACGAAAUAAUGUAAUGUAACCUGGCAACACGAAUGCAGGCUAGAGUUGAGCAGAUCCCACAGCAGAAGCUCUAAAGUGACGUGAACCCCACACAGACCCAGCCAUGCUGGAGGAGGACAUGGAAGUGGCCAUCAAGGUGGUGGUGGUGGGCAACGGGGCGGUCGGCAAGUCCAGCAUGAUCCAGCGAUACUGCAAGGGCAUCUUCACCAAGGACUACAAGAAGACCAUUGGGGUCGACUUUCUGGAGAGACAGAUCAUAGUGAACGACGAGGACGUGAGAUUGAUGUUGUGGGACACGGCAGGACAGGAGGAGUUUGACGCCAUCACCAAGGCCUAUUACAGAGGAGCUCAGGCGUGUGUGCUGGUGUUCUCCACCACCGACAGAGACUCGUUCGAGGCCAUCGGCAGCUGGAGGGAGAAGGUGGAGAUGGAGGUGGGCGACAUUCCCACGGUCCUGGUGCAGAACAAGAUCGAUCUGCUGGACGACACCGUGAUCAAGAAUGAAGAGGCCGAAGGUCUUGCUAAGAGGCUGAAACUGAGAUUCUACCGCACAUCAGUGAAGGAAGAUCUCAACGUCAAUGAAGUUUUUAAGUAUCUGGCUGACAAAUAUCUGCAUCGACUCAAGCAACAGUCAGCGGAGGAGAGCGAGGUUGUUCACACGUCCAGCAAUAAAAUAGGUGUUUUUAACACUUCCGGCGGCACUCAUCCGAACCAGAACAGCGGCGAUCUGAACGGGCGUGAUGUCAUCAACCUGCGACCAAACAAGCAGAGGACGAAGAAAACGAAAAACCCGUUCGGCGGCUGCAGACUCCUGUAGAACGGCUUCAUAUCGAGUGUGUCGUACGUCACGGAGUCCUGUGGAUGAGUGUGAGAGCUGCAACGGCUCCAAACGCUCGUUUCUGCGCCAAUAGCAGCAUCCGUCACAAUCACAGAGCUAAUACGACACACACACAUGCUCUACUGGCGCAG